ACUUUUCCAGGUCAAAACGAAACGAAACUAAUUGAACGAGACAUCGAACUCCAAGUCAAAGAACUGCUAAACGAGCUGCGAUAUAAAUCCCUCAGUGUGCCUGAGCAGUUUUCCGAAAAAGAAUGGUCGGGAGAAGCAGCUAGACGACUAGUGAAAUUUGAACGCAAAAUCACCUUGGCAUUUCAGCAACAUCCCUUGGUAGUUUCCCACACCAACGGUAGAGUGUGGACUAUAUGGAAUGCUGUAGUUUACUGCUCUACGCUCUACACCACCAUUGGUUAUGGGCACUUGUAUCCUACCACAUUCACUGGUAGAGUGUUAACCAUAGUUUAUUCCACUAUUGGCAUUCCAUUGUUCCUGAUUGCUCUUACCGACUUUGGGAAACUCUUCACCAGAGGAAUCAAGUUUGUGUGGUCGUAUUUCCGCACGUUUUACUACACGAGAAGUUGUCGAAGAGUCAGGAAAACUAGUCAUGUGCAGGAAAUCAUCAAAGGUGCUCAAGUGAUGUACGAAUAUGCGACUUUCCGAAGAAUGUCCACAUGGGGAAAUGAGGAUGAGAAGCCCAAGCCAGAACCAGACACUCCGAAGCCUCAAUCUGCGGUUGUUUUAGAGCCUCAAACCCCCGCAAUUUCUUCAUUUGAAAUCGAUGACGAAUUCAACCUUCCCAUCACCCUGGCGCUGAUUCUACUGGUAGCGUACAUGCUAAUAGGAGCGGCAGUCUUCAUGGUUUGGGAGAAAUGGGACUUUUUCGCUUCAUUCUAUUUUGUCUUCAUGUCCAUGUCCACCAUCGGGUUUGGUGAUAUUGUUCCUGAACAGCCCACUUAUAUGAUCCUCUCCAUUGUCUAUUUGUGCUUCGGACUGGCCCUGAUGACGAUGUGCAUCAAUGUGGUCCAAGACAAGCUGAGCGACACUUUCAGUCACGCCUCUGCUAGAAUCGGAGAAACCAUUGGAGUUGAUCUGGAGGAGGGAAGCAAAGACAGUGAGGACAAAUCUAGUGAUAAAAAUGAGGAUAAAGAUGCGCAAGAUGAAGCCAAUUUGGUUAAUGAGAAUGCAAACGGACAGAGGAUUCAAGUGGAUGAUUCGCCGUUUAACUGGUCAACUGCACAGUUGGUUAGUUAGUAGUGAAACUAUGCUGCCAUUUACAAGCGGAGGGCCACUGUUGGGAUGGAAGGAAAGAUUCUUUGAUAUUUUUCUGAAAAAUGUGGAAAAAGUGAAAGUUUCCUUGGAACAUGGUUUUCUUCUUGGCGCUGUGUUUUAUUUAGGUAUACAUAAAGGUAGAUUUUAAAAAUGUUUUGUAUCUGCGUUAUUACUGUACAGUUUUUAGGUGUUUUAAUACAUGUUAUCUAUGUUG